AUAAACUGAGCGGGUGGCUUAGCUAAAAUGACUGGUAUAGCUAGCUAGCCAGCUAGCCAGCCAACCAAACACUUGGCACAUUUGUUUUGGACAAAAAAACUGCCUAAAUCGUUUUCGCUUUUUAUUUUUUUUUUAGAUAUGGGUAGGUUUAGCUAGUUUGCAAACCAAAUGUUUUGCUAUCGGCAAAUCUAUAUUAUUGGAUUUAUUUACACAAGGAGGAAACGAUUAGCACGGCGGUUUUGUUUUGCACUACAGUGCUCAGUUUAGCUGACUCGUUCAUUUAGCGUUAAGCUCGCUACCUGCGGAUUGAUGGAUUAGUUCGGUUAUCUUACACAAAUAGCACUUCGCGAAUCUACCUAGCGAAAAUUCGUUAGCUGCGCUACAGUUUGACGCACUGUGAGCGCAAACACAGUUAACUAGCUAAGGCUGGCUAGCUGCGUUAGCCAUUAUUCAUUUAGUUAGCGAAGGCUAGGCUAGCUAGCAGCAUCGGACUGUGCGUACAAGCGGCGUUAUACAGCAGUAACCGUGUACCCAGCUAACGCUGGCUAACCAGCUAGUCUUCUAGCUUGCAUAGCUUAGCUGGCUGUGCGACAAACUGAAACAGACCUACGAGCACUUAUUGUCAGUAAUCAGGCUCAGCGUAACAGCCGCCUGGCUAAGUGAGAUUUCGGUGGCCGAUGUCACCAGAGUGGCGGAUCUGAAAGCCGCUGCCUGUUUAGCUUAACGUGCGGACUGCAUUGCAUGUCGUAGCUGCGGUCGGUGGCUAGCUAACUAGCUCACGGAACGAGUUUGCUUGUAUGUAUGCGCGGAUCGAAAUUGUGCAAGAAGAAAACCAAGGGAAACUGAAAUGUCGGACUUGAACAGAGACGUUGUGGAUCUAGUAUGGGGGAAACAGUCGACCGGCGUGUCGGCAUCUCUCUUCCGCAGGUGGACCCAAGGCUUUGUUUUCAGUGAGACGGAACGCAGUGCACUGGAACAGUUUGAAGGGGGACCAUGUGCUGUCAUCGCACCUGUGCAGGCAUUCCUGCUCAAAAACAUCUUGUUCAACAGAGAGAGCUCAAACUGGAGAGAUGUCUCAGAGGAGGAGCAGCGCACAGCCCUCUGCUCCACUCUCGCCGAGAUCCUGGAGUCGGCGUGCGGAGGCCGGGGCGCCAGCUUCUGCCUGGCCACGUGGGCUCGCGGCAAGGGGUCGUCGGACGUCACAGACAUCCCGGACAGCCCCCCGGAGCCGGAAUCCAGCCGGCCCGCCGACGCCCAGCAGCAGCUGCCUAGUGAGGCUGCUUUGGCUGCUGAGGAGCUUGGCUUUGAGAGAUUUCACAGCAUGGUACAUAAAAGGACGCUGAAGACUGUCGCCGAGCUAAAGGAAUCCGUGCUCUCGCUGUACGACACCUGGAGGAAUAAAUUUGGCGUCCUGCUGUUCCUGUACUCUGUCAUACUUACAAAGGGUAUCGAGAACAUAAAGAACGAGAUCGAGGACUCGACCGAGCCCCUCAUCGACCCUGUGUACGGUCACGGCAGUCAAAGCCUGAUCAACCUGCUGGUGACGGGACAUGCCGUGUCCAACGUCUGGGACGGGGACAGGGAAUGCUCCGGAAUGAAGCUCCAUGGGAUCCAUGAGCAGGCUUCUGUUGGCUUUCUGACACUAAUGGAGUCGCUGCGGUACUGCACGGUUGGAUCGUUACUCAAAUCUCCAAAGUUCCCUAUAUGGAUCCUCGGCAGCGAGACCCAUCUCUCUGUGUUCUUCGGCAAGGAGAUGUCUCUGGUAGCCCCCGAAUCGCCAUCAGAACAGGCCAGGAGAGUGUUCCAGACCUUUGACCCGGAAGAUAACGGCUUCAUUCCAGACACGCUGCUAGAGGACGUGAUGAAGGCUUUAGAUCUCGUCUCCGAGCCCGAGUACGUGAAUCUGAUGAAGAGUAAACUGGAUCCUGAGGGUCUGGGAAUAGUUCUGCUGGGACCAUUCCUGCUCGAGUUCUUCCCUGAUCAGGACACGGGGAUUCCAGACUCAUUUCCUGUGUAUCAUUAUAACGGCCUGAAGCAGUCCAACCACGACGAGAAGGUGAGUUACGUUGAGGGCACCGCCCUCGUUCUCGGCUUCGAAGACCCCAUGGUGCGCACGGACGACACCCCCAUCAAACGCUGCCUCCAGACCAAGUGGCCCUACGUAGAGCUGCUGUGGACCACCGAGAGAUCCCCCUCCCUCAACUAGGCACUCACACCUCAGCCCCACCCCCUGACGCACUGCCCCGCCUGCUGCCCCGCCCCACACCUGGCUGCAUGGCUCUGCUUGUUUCAGGAACACCAUGCCCUCCUGGGCCCCACACACUCUCCUCACUACUGGUUUAGUAGGCCUGCUCAGUGCUUGUACUAAUUUAAAGACCCGACAGGGACCAUACAACUGGACUCGCACUGGCUUACGUGUUCUUAAUUUUAUUCUUUUUUAUAUACUUUAUUUGGCCUGUACAUUAAAAAAAAAAAGGGGGGGGGGGUUAAUUUUUUGUUUAAUGCUAAAAGCCCUGAUGUUGAACAAAAGAGUUAUUUGGGGAGGGGUUGUGUCGCUUCAGUUUUUCACAGCAACACCAAACUUUUGCUCCUUUUGCAGGUAUUAAUGUUUUUCUACCUUUUUUGUUUUGUUUACUACAUUAUUUUUAAAAAAAAAAAAAAAAAAAGAAAAGAAAAAAAAAGCUAGCCAAGGAUACUGAGCUGACUCCCUGGCACUGUGGUUGGGGUGGGGUGGGGGGGUUCUCUAGAGACUGUGAAGGCCACACUGUGCCCAGUCUGGUGCUACGGCUCCCGGGGGGUUAACGUUCCACAGCACUUACCUAACCAGGCGAGCAGUCCGGUUCAUCUCAGACAGGCUUACAAAGGAAUGCACUACAAAUCCAAUACUGUGCACAGGAGAUGGAAAGAGUGGGAUAGAUAGAGAGAGAGACAGACAGACCCAAAGGGGAGGGCAUGACACUGGUGGAAAUUCAACUUGGAUGGGACCAAAUUCCCCCUACCAGUUGUUUUUGUUUUGGGUUUUUUGUUUGUUUCUUUUUUUUUAUUUUUUGUGACGGUAGUAACCUGUUGCCUCCUAUUUAUUUAUUUGAUCUGCCUGAGGCAAAGGGAAGAAUAAACACUUGCACACAUUAUUUAUUCCAACCUUAAUGGCUCACCAAAAUAAACACUUUUGUCUUCAAGCA